GGUACAGUAGGUCACUGGGUCAUCAGCCUGCAAGAGUCCGCUUCAUAAUAAGUCAAGAGAUAAGUGAGGAAGGGCCGCCACACCCCCCGGAGGCAACAGGUUCUUCUAACACAGCCUAACUGUGCCCUCCAGUGGACUCGUCCAGCGCUUAUCGGCGCCAUCGGUAAUCGAUGUCCAGAGUUUUUUUUUCGCUCUUUGGUUUUUCAGUGCGGAUUACAAUCAGGUUUUGUCUUCUUAUCAAGAUGUUCCCAGCAGCAAAAUGUUGCUUGGAUUUGGACUUUGUUCUGAGGAAAUGCAGCAGCAUUUCUCUAUCAGCCAUUCCCUCUCCUCAGUGAAGACGCAGCGGGGCAGUGCGCUUGGUUGGGCAGCGCUGAAGGAAGAAAAGCGUGGAGAGGAAGAGUUCACCAAACUCAGAACAAAAGGAUUUGGGGAUUUAUUUGUCCGCUUUCAAGGGUCACCUCCACAGUGCCACUUUGGUCUGGGCUGAGUGAAAGAGCAACAAGCACCUGCAGGGCCCCAUCAGUGGCCCAAACCCCAUUACUGCAGUAUGGGCAACUUUUCCAGCAAAGAUGGCCAUGGACCCACAGGGGCCCAUGGGGAUAGUUUCCACACUCCUCCUGCUUCUCCGCAGAGUGAUGGGCCUGCUUUCAUGCCCGGUGUCCCCCAGCUCCUUCACCCUACCUCACCUCAACCUUCCCCUGUAGCUCCGGUUUCAUCUCCACCUUCACUCCCAGUCCUCACAUCCAGUGGGAAGAAAGCACAAUACCGCACCACCCCUACCACUUCCAGUCCCCCUCGUGAUUGUAGGCCUCAUCCACCUGUCAGCUCAGAUAUCUCCGCCAUUGUCCCUGGAGUUAGCCCAGUGCACAACAAGCCAGGAAGUACUGUGGUUAAAGGACAAGCCGCUUUGGGGAGGAAUGGGUGUCCUCCUACCUCCACCCCUCGGUCUCAAGUCUCCCAGGGGAAGACUGUGGCCAUCAGCCCUACAAAGAGCCCCUCUUCUCUGUGUAGUGCCUCACCUGUGGUGGGCAGCUCUUCGGGGCAGAACUGGAGCGAAAGGGACAGCGGUCUGAGUCAGUCUUUACUGCCCGGUCACAAAGCUGGGGACAACCAGGGUGAGGAACUGGAGAAGCUGCUGGAGGAGUGUAGGACAACACUGGGUAUCACUGCCAGUCAGGAUGGGGCCACAAACUCAGCAGAGAUACUGAAGCAUCUACUGACAGAAGUGAAGAGUUUGAAGAGUACUUUGCAGACGGAGCGUGGGGAAUGGCUACAGUUCCAGGCUGACCUACAGGUGGCAGUGUCAGUGGCAGACCGUCUGAGAGCCGAGGCAGAAGAAGAGCUGACUGCGUUCCGAAUGGCGCACAAAGAUGUCGAGAGGGAGCUGGCUUCUGCCCAGCAGAGACAGAAGGAGGCUGAUAUGAAACUGGUCAUCCUGAGAGGGGAGUUAAAGGAGAGCAGGCAGAGACUGGCUACUCUCAAACAGGCUCAUGACAAAACUGACACCCAGACUCCAUGUCAGGAACCAGAGAGGCCCAAUGGAGAACCAGCCAACAGCUCUGAAAGCAAAGAAGGGACCCAGAGGGGCAGGGAGGGGGGGGUGUACAGGUUGGGGCGAGAUGAAAGUAGGAGUCAGAAUGAAUUGACGAAGAAUGCUGCAAGCGAGGAGGCCAGAACAGACUGUAAAGGUGUGACUAAGCAUUACCUGAGAAAUGUGACAAAUGAGGAUAGGAGUGGAGAGGAGGUGCGAUCCAGUGAGACACAAAGGACGCUAACCACAGAGAGGUCAAGCCUGUCCAGAUUACCUGCUUCCUCAGACUCCUCCACCGUGCAGAAUGGAACUUCCCAGUCCAAUACUGCCUCAACAGUUGGACCUACAAACAAGAACUUGGGGCAACUAAGAGGCCGAAGAAGUCUGGAUUGGCAAGACAGCAAGUUAAAUACUGACACAGGAAAACGUGAGGAGUCUCUAAACAAGUACAACUCUGCCCUGACUGAGCUGCCUCCCAAGUCCCAGGAUGGUUUCAACCUGCUGCUGCGUCGCCAUGGAGGCUCGAAGAGAAACUCUCUGCUCCGCUGGUGUCAGAGCCGAACACAAGGCUACAAGAAUAUUGACAUCACAAACUUCAGCAGCAGCUGGGCCGAUGGUCUCGCCUUCUGUGCUGUCUACCACACUUACCUCCCCUCACACGUCCCUUACAGCACUCUUACUCCUGAGAACAAGAGGGAGAAUCUCAGUCUGGCAUUCAAAACAGGAGAGACUGUUGGGAUUACACAAACCCUGACAGUAGAGGAGAUGCAGAGAGCAGGCGGUCCUGACUGGCAAAGGGUCCUGAGCUACGUGGAGAGCAUCUACCGUCACUUCGAGAUGUGACUGCUGGAGGUACUGACUGACAAUCCCACCAUAGUGGAUCCUUAAGGACUCUUCAAAGGAAUCAAUAUAAGUUGUUUAUAAUGAUGGCUCCCUAAAUGCUAUACUAUACCUUUGUUGGGUGUCUGGAAACUGGAGAAACCGAUGUUCUUCUGUUAGCAAAAAAAUACAUUCAGAGCUACAAUUUGCAGUUUUUUUAAAAUUUCAAAAUAAUAUUUUGCUUACGUUAAAGUGCAACAUCAGCUUUGCAUAAUCUGGUCGUUUCCAUUAAUUAUAAAUGUGAAUUUACAGGUGCUGGUUCAGGCAAGAAAAAGAGUGUAUUAAUAGUGCAUUGCACAUACUUAGAGUGUUUACUGAAUAAUAAGUACCGUUACAGUCCAGAAUGAAGAAUGAAUGCAUUAUAAUUACAUACAAACAAAUUUUCACAGCCAAGCAGAUGUGUUUGUAACACUGGACAAAAAUCUUUCCUGUUCAGCUCUUUUGUUAAAGACAUGUUUUAUCACUAAAUUGUUAAAGAAUAUACACAUUGAUACGAUGAAGACUUAAUGUCGAAACAUAAAAGAUACUUUGGAAAUUUUAAUUUGCUGCUGUGGAUUGAAGUUCCUUCUGCUUGGUUUCCUGUCAUACGAUUCAGAAAAUGUCGUCUGACCAGGUGGAGGCUAUGGAAGUGACGAGUUUAUCAGAUUGAGUCAAAUGUGCAGAGGUGAGAAUCUGACCAACUGAGAAGGAGGGGAAGGAUUAACAAAACGCUGCCUUUUUCAUACAAAAAGUUACAUAGUGUAGCUUUAAAAAUGAAGACCAUCAAUGACCACCAUAUAAAUUCAGAAUAUCUGAAUCUUUUUUUAUAGCAUCCCUUUGAGGCAGGUGUAUGUACAGGUAGAGUUGCUGUAAAUGUCUCCACACUGGUACUUCACUGUCCAAAAGUACUGUAUUACAUCAUGUCCUUCAUCAAAUCAGCAGUCCUUAAAUUGCACAUUGUUUUAUCUGCCAAUAUGUUUUGCCUUUUAACCUUGUCUGCUCUGCAAAUACUUUUUCCUGGACCUUUUAACACUCUGUAAAUAUGCACUUUUGUCAGCACUUUGUUGGUGAAAUAAUGUACAGUACAGAUGUUACACAGCUGCUGUAGUCUUCGGAGAUCUCUAUAGGCAUUCAGUAGCAAGGCUGCAGACCAGUCAGAAGAUUUGACAGGUUCCAAUUUUUUUUCUCACAGAAACAGACAAAACAGUGAGUGUGUGACAAUGAUAAAACUCUAAAAAGUGCCUCCAUGUUAAACACAAGUGUGCCAGUGCUGUUUAGGUGCUUAGGGAUGUGCAUCACAGGAGUGACAUAGAGCAAAAGCAAAUACAAGCCUCCACAGGCUUUCAUAUCCUGUUGCAACAUCAUCUCAUGUCACACCUACAUCCUCACAGAUGCACAAACACACCUCCAUACUACACCAGUGCUGAGAAACUAAACUGGUUUUGUUUAAAGCAGAGUUUGUUGACAAAGUCGUACGUGCCAAAUGUUGUUUUCCUACUCCUAUUUGUGGAAAUAGACCAUUGUAAAACAUGUUUAUAUGUAACUAGUGUGAAAGAAAGUAUACCAAAGAAAUAUGUUAAUAUGAAGCAAAUAAAACUGUAUGGGUGUUGUGUAACCCAGUGACUUUCACAGAAAA